UCCAAGUUUUCUAACAUGGAUUUAAUGAUGUAUGUACCUGAUGAAAUGAAUCUAAAUAAAAUUGAUCAGUUAACUCCAAAGAUCAUCCAUAAUUGUGAAAUACCAAAAAUAGAUAUAAAACAAAAUAUAAUGACAGAAGCUUCAUAUAAAACAAAAUUUUGGUAUUUUUUAUUUUCUAAACGCACAAUAGCUUCUAAAUAUCCAUUUAUAAAAUGGUUCAAAAAUAACGCAGCAAUAAAUUAUGAAAUUAAUAGACACUUUCAAUCUUAUCCAUAUAUGAUACAUCCUUUUAGCAUUUUUCGAAUGUAUUGGAAAAUAAUAAUGAUUAUCACCGGUUUUAUAACUCUUAUUAUUAAUCCCAUAUUUCUUGCAUUUUAUAUGAAUGAAAAAGAACAAUGGUACAUGUUUAGUAAUGUAUUAGAUGGUAUUAUUUUAUGUGAUAUCAUUAUGUGCUUUUUUACUGGAUAUUACAAUCAUUGGACAAAUAUGGUUAUUUUAAAUCCACGUAUAAUAGCAAAAAAAUAUAUGAAAAGUACUUUUAUAGUAGAUAUUCUAUCUGCUAUGCCAUAUCAAUUAAUUGACUUUAUAAUAAAUAAAUCAGUUUGGUAUUGUGUUAUACUCAACAUAGUAAAGAUUAUUAGAAUACGAGCAAUCAUUGUUUAUUCUCGAAAACUCUGCUGUAUAUAUCAUAUUAAUCGUCAAAGAUAUAAACUAUUUGAAAUGAGUAUGAUUAUUAUUAUAUCUGUACACUGGGCAGCUUGUCUUGAAUAUUACAUACCACUGACAAUAUCUAAUAUUUUUGGAAGAAACAGAGGGUCAUGGAUUGAUUCUGAUGCUUUAAAAGAAAGAAAAACAAAUUGUCGUAAAUAUCUAAUGUGCUUGAACAGAGCUACUAUUGCCCUAGUUUGUUCCGCUCAUUAUUUAGACAUGAAAACACCAGAUGAUAUUCUAUUAAAUAUUGUAUUAUCAAUUAUGGGUAUUCUUGGUUUUAUUUAUAUUUUAGUACAGAUUAUGCAGUUUAUAAAUACAUUAUAUUCAACCACUAAAAAACAUUAUAAACAUUUCCAACAAUUACAAGAAUAUAUAAGAUAUAAGGAAUUACCAUAUAAUCUACAACGCCGUAUUUUAGAAUAUUUUAAUUAUUGUAACAAAAAAAACUUUAAUAGAUAUCAACAUAUAAUCCAUCAAGUUUCCUCUUAUUUGCAAGAGAAACUUAUUUUACACACUUAUAUGAAAUUUAUCAACAAUGUGUCAUUGUUUCAAUAUAUUCCAGAAUCUAUCGUGUUACAGUUAAUAAAUGUGUUAAGCUCUGAAAUUUAUUUAGAGAAUGAUAUAAUAGUUAAAAUUGAUGAAGAAGGAGAUGGACUCUAUUUUAUUGCAUCUGGCACAGUUGCAGUCUAUAACAAUUUAUGGAAAGAGGUUUGUCAUUUAGAAGAUGGAGCAUAUUUUGGAGACAUUUUCUUAUUUCUGAAAAAUAUGCAUCAUAAUGCUAAUAUUGUUGCAAUAGAAACUUGUGAGAUUUAUAUAUUAUACAGAAGGAAUUUUCAACUCAUUAUGGAAUCUUAUCCAGAUUUACUUAAUGUUUUAUAUAAUGAAGUUUCAAAAUAUGUGAAAAAACCAUGCCUAUGAUAGUUUCUAUUAAGUAUUCAAACAUUAUUUGAUCUGUAACUAAUCAAAAGAAUAAGUAAUUAUCUUUGCAAAGACAAAGAAAUAAGAAUAUAGAAGAAUAGAUAUACUAUUGUUAUUAUGUUAUAGCUUUAAUAUUUUACUUUUGAUCUAAUAUGAUUCGAUUAUAAUUUAAUUUAAUGUGCAGCUAAAUAAAAAUCAGAUUUUGUUUAGUUUAUUAUUAUUGAUCUUGAAUUUUGAAAAGAAGCAAGUUACAAUUUCGGUAUUAAUAAUUAUUUUAUAUCAUUGUUUCAAAGGAUCGCAAUCGUUAACGGUGAAAAUUAGCUUUAUAUUUUCGAGGAUUUUUAUAAGAUUGCUGAUAGACCGUCAUAAGUCUCCAAUGUUCUGGAUAAUCGGUAUCUCUACAACCGUUUACGAUACUAAAAGGAGGAGAUAAAGUUUCUAUACUAAAGGAUCUUUUAGCGAAUGGUGUUUUUGGUCGUGGAACAUCUAUUUUUUGUGGUAAUCGUCGAGAUGCAUUAUUUGAUUCAGUACCUAAAGUAAUUCCUACAGCUGAUUUGAUUAAUCUAGGAUCGUUCUUUUCUUUAUUCUCACAGAUUACAGCGCUAUUCCUAAUAGAACAUUGUGAUCUAGAACGUUCGCGGGAAAUUGAUUUUUGGAUAUUCAUAGAAUCCAUGCAUUUACAAUGAUGCUUGCAAUUAUUUUGAUUCUGGUGUGAAUUAUUAUAACGUUUGUCUUGAUCUUUUUUUGCGAAAUUCAUGUCAUAUAUUUCACGAUUCUUAUUAUUAUUAUGUUUAAUAUUAUAAUUGUUAGAACGUAAUUGAUCACAUCUCGACUUUGGUGCACCUUGUACAAGUUCAAAAAUUGCCGGUGCAGCUCCUCCCUCUGAUCCAUCGAUGUGAGUCGAUCUCGGUGGUUCAUAAAUUGGAUCCACAGGAGUCUGCCAGCAAAUAGCCAAAUCCAUCUUUGUUUCUGGCUUCUUGUAUCCUAAUACGGCAUCGCAGUGAUAUUUGGAGCCUAAUUUAUUACAACUAUUAUACUUUUUGUUGUUUCGGUAUUGUUCAUUUAAGGACGGUAAAUGGAAAGAUUCCUUUAGUUUGAAAUUCUUCAUUAUAUCGUCGUUGACUUUAUCAGGAAGUGGUUGAUGUUUUAAAUUCUCCGCGUGAAGCUUUUUCGCGAUAGCAAAUCUAUCAUAGCACUUUAGCUUUUGAUCAGCAUUUUCAAGUCCUAUUUCAUGUUUUUUCCUAUUUUUAGAAUAAUCAGUUAUUGUUUUUUUAAAAGAUGAAAUCUUCAAAUUACCUGAUACAUAUUUUGGUAAACAACAUUCAUGGGUUUUCUCACAUUCCGGAACAUCUAUCACGCCUGGACAUUGAGCACAGCAUUUUUUAUAAGGAAUGCAGUCGUGAAAGAUUUAACUUUUACGUAUAUCAACGCAGUGACUGUUUACUUGACAACGGAUCGUUCAAUAUUAUCAUCUCUAAUUCUGUUCUAACGAAAAUAUAUGCUUAUGACAUUAUAAAAAAAGUUAUAAAAAUUGUAUUUAUUUAUUUAUAUAAAUUCAAUAUGAAAAACAAGGAUAAAAUCAUUGCAACAGUUUGAAGAAACGAAGUACGAAUGAGUCAAAGAAAAAGAUUCUUUUUCACUUCUCUUUAAACGCCUACUUUCACUUUUUUUUUUCUCGGAAGAAAAAAAAACUGGAAGAAUACGUUUAUAAUACUAUUGGGUUUUCUAAGUUUGAUGUAUCAUAGGAAUGAAUCAGCUAUCUACGAUCAAGUGACCUUUAGUACAGAAUCGAUGGGGACAUAGUUAUGUUCAGUCGUCGUAGUAGAACGUUCAAUGGCAAGACAUUUUUAUCACCUAUCUAUAAAUAUAUUUUUCAAAUUGUUAAAGUUUUUUACGAAAAUAAAAUAUAAACAAUUAUUUUUUUCUCAAAAUAGGAAAACAUAUCGUCAUACGUAAUAUUAUAUAAAUCCGCACGUGAUUCCAAACGGAGAUCAGUUUGUCCGUCUAAUUAUACAAGGAGUGAUUCACGAUAUUAGAGUGCACAUUGUGUUGUUCGCGUGUGUAUAUUUUUAAUAAAUAUUACGAUGUAUUAAUGUU